GGAGUUUCUGUUCGUAACUCUACAGUUAUGGACUCAAGAGUUGCUGUCUGGUUGUUGAUGCUGCUGUCAUCCACCUGCUCUGGAAUUAAACUGGAGAAAAAUGGAUACACGGAUAUUUUGGUGGCGAUCAGUUCAGCAGUACCGCAGGACAACAGAAUCAUUGAUAAAAUAAAGGACAUGUUUACUGAGGGCUCUCAGUAUCUUUUUGAAGCAAUGGAGAAAAAGGUCUAUUUCAAAGACAUUACAAUAUUAGUACCAGCUCAAUGGAAAGGCACAGAUUUUAACAAAUCAAGAACAGAAUCCUUUGAGAAGGCCAGAAUAAGAAUUGAUAAUCCAGCGCGUGAUGAUGAUCCGUACACUAACCAGUAUGAAGAUUGUGGAUCAGAGAGUCGAUACAUUCAUUUCACCCCAAACUUCCUCCUAGAUGACAGUUUCAUUCAGAUUUACGGAUUGAGAGGAAGGGUUUUGGUUCAUGAAUGGGCUCAUCUGAGAUGGGGAGUAUAUGAUGAAUACAAUGAAGACAAGCCAUUCUACUUUUCUAAUGGUGUUCAAGCUACAAGAUGUAGUAAACACAUUACAGGCCAGUAUUACGAUUACUCUUCUGGAUUUCUUCAGUCGUGUGUCCUUGAUCCUCAAACUUCACUACCUACCAAAGAGUGUCAGUUCUUUCCAAACAAAUAUCAAAACACAAAAAACUCCAUAAUGUAUUUACCAAGUGUGGAUUCUGUAGUUGCGUUUUGUCGAGAAGACGAACACAAUGGUGCGGCCCCAAACAUGCAAAAUGAGAAAUGUGGAAAUAAAGCAACAUGGACAGUAAUAUUUGAGGACUCAGUGGACAGGGAUGCCCUUCAUUCUCUAAAUCCGCUGCCAUCCCCUCCACCAGCACCAUCUUUCACUGUUGUGCAGAGAAUGCAACGUGUCGUUUGUCUCAUCCUUGAUGUCUCAGGAAGCAUGCAAGGCUCUAGGAUUAUUCGACAGGGACAAGGCGCCACACAUUUCCUACGGCACAUCAUUGAAGAUCAAGGCAAAGUGGGAAUCGUAACCUUUAGUACUUCUGCUUCAACUCUUAAAGGCUUGACUCUUAUUGACAGUGAGACCACAAGAGAGAAUCUCAUCAAAUUAUUGCCAACACAAGCAGGUGGAUCUACAAACGUCUGUACUGGCCUCAAUAAAGCCUUAGAGGUGCUUAAAGCAGAUAAUAUGGAUGCAUUAGGAGAUGAAAUUAUUUUUCUCACUGAUGGUGAGGCAACAGACAACAUCAAUAAUUGUGCUCCUACUGCAAUACAAAGUGGUGCCAUUAUACACACUUUGGCUUUGGGUAAUAAUGCCGCCAAAGCACUACAGGAUAUGGCGGACAGGACUGACGGGAAAUUUAUCAUAGCAACUGAUGAUAUCACCUCCAAUCUGUUAGUGGAUGCAUUUGCUUCACUUACAAUACCAACUGGAGACUACACGAAAGAACCAGUUCAGCUGGAGAGUACGGGAAAGAGAACAGCUGACUGGUUCAACGGAACAGUGUCAGUGGAUUCGACCGUCGGUAACAAAACCAGCUUUUUAAUCAUCUAUGAACUCAGUGCACCUACUGCGUAUAUACAGACGCCAAGUGGGUUCAUCUACAGUCAAGCAGAUAUGAGUAAAGAUCCAUCAGCAAAGACACUCACACUAAAAAUUCCAGGAACUGCAGAGACUGGAGACUGGAAGUACAGUAUUCUGAGCGGAGGACUUCAGUCUUUGACUAUAACAGUAACCAGUCAAGCAGCUCGCUCUGAUGUUCCUCCUAUCAUUGUCAAAGCCCAUGUGAAUCAGCAGCUCAUCGAUGGCAGUAAACCCGUGAUUGUGUUUGCUGAGGUGAGUCAGAAUUACAGACCUGUAAUAAAUGCUGAAGUGAAGGCCACACUGGAGCCAGAAAUUGGGAUAUCAGAACAAUUAGAGCUACUGGAUAAUGGAGCAGGAGCUGAUGCUUUCAAAGAUGAUGGGAUCUAUUCCAGAUAUUUCACAAAGUUAGUAAAAGGCAGAAUCAGCUUGAAAGUGAGAGUGAAGAAUAAAGACGGACAAUCCAGAUUUACUCUCCACAGAAAGAGCGGCGCUCUAUAUGUACCUGGAUAUGUGGUGAAUGAUAAGGUCGAGCUGAACCCUCCGAAGCCUCCGGUUCCUGAACAACCACUUGUUGAAGGAAACUUUAGCAGAACAGCCACUGGAGAAAGUUUUCAGGUUACUAUUUCAAAUCCACCAAUUUAUCCUCCAAACAAAAUCACAGAUCUUAAUGCUGAAAUCCAGGAGAACACUGUCCUUCUCAUCUGGACGGCUCCGGGUGAAGACUUUGACCAGGGAACAGCUAAAUCCUAUGAGAUCAGAUGGAGCGAUGACGUUGAAAUGCUUCGACUGAACUUCAGCAAUUCUUCUUUAGUCAACACAUCCGCCGUCUCACCUAAGGAGGCUGGAUCAGUAGAACAACACUCAUUUAAUAUGACAAUUGAGAAUGGUACCACACUCUUCUUUGCUCUUCGCUCUGAGGACAAUGAUGAUGCAAAAUCUGAAAUAUCCAACAUUGCUCAAGCAUCAAAGAUCCUGCCUGCUCCCAAACCCCCAGGAAUCUCAAAUCCGGGCCUGAAUUUGACAGUUAUUAUCAUUUCCGUUUGUGUGGCAGUUGUAGUGGUAUGUUUGAUUGUUGCUGUAACAGCAUGGGCAGUGAAACGAAGAAAACGUAUUGAUGCUUAGACAUUAACCAUCUAAUGCAAACUAUUACCAAAAACAGUACUCUUUUAAACAAGAAUAUAAAUUUUGAAAAUGUAAAACCUAAAAAUAUUUUAAGGUACUGUA